UUUGUCUUCUCUAAUGAUUAACCGGCUCUAAGAGGAAAAUGGAAUUCUGUAAAAGCGCAAUUCAAUUGGUCAUUUUGAUCGCUGACACAGCCGAGUAAUGGAGAAUAUCCAAUAGAAAGAUCUGAUUCUCAGGGACAAAAUUAUCGUCAACUAGGGACCCUAUAAAAUAUUAUUUCCUAUUGGAUAUCCGAUGUGCAUCCAAUAUAAUUUUGUAGUGAAUGUGAUAUGAACUGUCCAUUACAAGAUUUCGCUACGGAGUCUUGUUUACAAUUGUGACAGGUUAGUGUUUUUCAAAUAGAUUUUCAGAUAGAAUUUGGAGUUACUUACUAAGUUAAAAAAGGGAAAUAUGUCAAGAAAGAAGCAUAAUAUAUCGUAUAUUAAACCGGACGAACCAAAAUUUCUGCGGGAAUUAAAAGAACAGAUUGGAUACAAAGAAGGUCCUACUGUUGAUACCAAGAGAGAAGUUUUGCCAGAAGCAUCCGACGAUGAAAGAGAAGACUUGGUCGAUGAAAAACCUAUUGUUGUUGUAUUAAAUUCUGGCGAUUUGACAGCGGAAGAAGCUGAUGCUUUUAAGAAGCAGAAAGAGGAAGAAGAAAAGAAUGCCUCAGCUGACCUCUCAAAGAAGAUUAUAUUUCGCAAGACUAAAACAACAGAUACAGAGUCUACAACUGAUUCAGAUAAACCUGUGAAAAAGAAAGCAAAAAAAGAAAAGCAAAAAGUUGUCCUAUCCUUUGAUACUAAUAACGAUGAUGAGGAAAAUGUUGGAUGACUGGAUUGAGAACUUUUUACUUGAGUGUACAUAUUAUGUCUUAUAUAUAAAUAUUUUUUUGUAAAUACAUAUUGUAAAACAGA